UCGAAUCAUCAAACUAAAAAGACAUCUUAUACUGUUAAACUUACCAUCAUGGCUUAAAGUUCUCAUAAUAAACUAAAAAAAUUAAAUUUAUUUAACAAAAAAAAAAGAAGAAUCUACUUUUCUCAUAAUAAAAUUAAGAUAAAAAGGAAGCAUGUUGAAGUGUCAUGAAGCAUCGCAGGAAGUGCAAAAUUGUAACCAGAUGGAUUUAAAAAAUUUAGAAAAAGGUCAUGGAACUUGCCCAGUAUGUGGGAACGAAGCAAAAUUACGUUGUGCCGGGUGCAAAAUAAUUUAUUACUGUUCACAAGAUCAUCAACGUAAAGAUUGGACAAAACAUAAAUCAUCAUGUAAUAAUAUAUGGAAAGUUGAAUCAAAUGAUGAAUUGGGUAGACAUUUAAUAGCAACACGUGAUAUCGAUAUUGAUGAUUUAAUAUUAUCUGAAUUACCUUUAACAUGGGGACCAUCAAUACAUUCAGAUUUACGUAUAUGUGUUGGUUGUGGUAAUAAAAAUAUUGCAGCAAGAUGUCCUGGUUGUUCAUGGUAUGCAUGUAAAUUAUCAUGUGAUGGUCUUGUUGAUGAUAAUCGUCAUGCAAUUGAAUGUAAAUUAUUUUCUAAAACAAGAAUAAUACCAAGAUGUGAUAUUCUAUUACCAUUAAGAAUGAUUAUUAUGAAAAUUAGAAACCCAAAAAAAUGGAAAAUAUUAUCAUCAUUACAAAGCCAUGAAAACUUACGUGAAAAUGGUACUGAUGCAUAUGAAGAAGAUGAAAUAAUAUCACAAAAUUUAAAACCAAUAUUAAAUAUAUUUGGUAUUGAUAGAAAUGUAUUAACAAAAAUUUGUGGUUUAAUUGAUGUUAAUGGACUUGAAACAAAUCCACCAGAAGGUUCUAUUGGUAUUUAUCAAAAUGCAUGUCUCCUAGAACAUCAAUGUGUAUCAAAUACACGACAUUUUUUUACUCUUGAUGAUAAAGGAAGACCAAAAAUAAUCAUAAAAGCUGCUAGAAAAAUUAAAAAGGGUGAACAUUUAAGUACAACUUAUACUCAUGUAUUGUGGACAACAAAAUCAAGACGUGAACAUUUAUUAGCUACCAAAUAUUUUAAAUGUAAAUGUAAACGUUGUGAAGAUCCAACAGAGCUUGAUACACAUAUUGGAACACUUAAAUGUCCAUGUGGUCCUGGUAUUAUUCUUCCAAAAAAUCCUCUUGAUGAUGAAACAGAAUGGUCAUGUAAUUUAUGUCCAGGUAUUUUAUCAUCGUUGGAAGUACAAGAAUUAAAUGAACGACUUGAAAAUGAAGUUGACAAAACAAUGUCAUUAGCAAUUAAAGAUAGGCUAAGUGAUUUAUUAUCAAGACUUGAAAUAUUAUUACAUCCUGGACAUCAGCAUUGUAUUGCAGUUGGUCAUUCAUUGAUACAACUUUUACCUUCAUCUGAUAGUAAAAAAUCCCAAAUAUGCAAACAAAUACUUCGAACAACAUCAAUACUUGAUCCACAUGGUUCAAGACUAGCCUUAUAUAUUGCUGUUGCACUUCAUGAAUUAUCAAAAUGUCCUGAUGAAAAUUCAGAACAACAUAUUAAACGUGGAAUUGAUUUAUUAAAAUACGAACCAGUAGAUAGUCCUGGAUAUAAAUUUAAAAAAAUACUUGAAAAUGAAUUAAAUUAAUAAUUUAUUAUUACAAUACAAUAUUACGUGAAUUUAUUGAUACAUUUAGCAACCAU